GGAGACAGUGCAGCUCCUGUCCUUGCUUGCAGCGCUUUCAGACCUCCUUCCUCACCACGAUGAAGCGUUACAAAAGCCUCUUGCACCGCAAGCCUCUUCCCAUGCACGUCCAGGCCAGCAAGGCCUUAGAGCUGAUGCAGCCGCCCCCUCCCUCCCUGCGGGCUCAGUGUUGCCAGUCCCAAGCCCGACCACUCCCUCCUCCACGGCCAGCCCCGGCCCUCCCGGACAUAAGGGACUUGUUGGAGGGGGAGGAAGACUCGGAGACUGCUGGCAGCGACGCCUGUGCUUGGGCCCCAUCAGACCACCGUGCCAGCGGCGCCGGCCGCGGCGAGAAG